GCAUUCAAAGCAUCACAUCAAAGCUACUACCACUACCACCACUACCACCAACUACUCUUCUCGAAUACUACCAAUCGAUCAAUCGACUCACCUCUCAACCAACCACAAUGCCAUCCAACGUCCUCUCCACCAUGGCCGCCCGCGCCAAAGCCCACCACGAGUCCAUGAACGCCGCCUACCAAGCUACCUACUCCAUGGGCACAUCCAACACCUCCACUCCCUCGACCUCGCGCAAGUCGUCGACCACAUCCGUCGACCAGCAGUCCGAGCGCAACAUCACCAAAGCGUGGAAAGCCCUCAAGAAGCACCACCAAGAAAUGAACGAAGCCUACACCGUCUUCUACAGCCAAGGCAUGGUCACUCCCGCCGGCUCGUCCCGCUCCAGCUCCGUUGCUCAAACACCCAAGGCGAGCUUCGAGCAGACGCGGAUGAGCGUCGAGGAGCAGAAGCCGCGGAACAUUGAGAAGGUGUGGAAGGCGAUCAAGACCCGCGCGGUGGAGCACCACAGGAGCGUGAACAAUGCUUCUGCUGCUGUGUACGGAGCGUAGAAAAGGAGACGAGGAAGAUUGAUGAAGACCAAAAGUGAAUUUUUUUUUUUUCGGAGUUUUGGGUUUGCUUGGAGAAGCGCAAGAUACCACCACACCUUUGCGACUGGAUAGGGGCGUUUUUACCUGGACGAAGGAGAUGAGAAAAACUUAGCUUAAUCAUAAUGAACAACCACCCUUUUUGAACAUGAUCA